GAUUACUAGAAGUCAGGGGAUCUCGUCCUGGCAAACAAGUCACCUUGGCCGAACAUGAGAUUCGUUAUCUCUGUACCAAAGCUAGAGAGAUUUUCAUUCAGCAACCAAUUUUGUUGGAGUUGGAAGCACCAAUCAAGAUUUGUGGUGAUAUUCACGGACAGUACUAUGACUUGUUGAGGUUGUUUGAGUACGGCGGGUUCCCACCCGAGGCAAAUUACUUGUUUCUUGGUGACUACGUUGAUAGAGGUAAACAAAGUUUGGAAACCAUUUGUCUUUUGUUGGCUUACAAGAUCAAGUAUCCGGAAAACUUCUUUAUUCUCAGAGGUAAUCACGAAUGCGCAGAAAUUAAUCGUAUCUACGGGUUUUACGAUGAAUGUAAACGGAGAUACAAUAUCAAGUUAUGGAAGACAUUUAUUGAUUGUUUCAACUGUUUACCCAUUGCUGCCAUUAUUGACGAAAAGAUCUUCACCAUGCAUGGUGGGUUAUCACCAGACUUGAACUCCAUGGAACAAAUUAGAAGAGUUAUGCGUCCAACUGAUAUUCCUGACGUUGGAUUAUUGUGUGAUUUAUUGUGGUCAGAUCCAGAUAAAGAUAUCACUGGUUGGUCAGAAAAUGACCGUGGUGUGUCAUUCACUUUUGGACCAGAUGUCGUUUCCAGAUUUUUACAAAAACACGAUAUGGAUUUGAUUUGUCGUGCCCAUCAAGUUGUUGAAGAUGGAUACGAAUUUUUCAGCAAACGCCAAUUGGUUACUUUGUUUUCAGCACCAAACUACUGUGGGGAGUUUGAUAAUGCAGGAGCCAUGAUGUCAGUUGAUGAGUCAUUGUUGUGUUCGUUUCAAAUAUUGAAACCAGCUGAUAAGAAACGAGUAUGUGGUGCCGACUUGAUUGGAAGAAGCAUUGAAGGGAGAAAACCAAACCCAACAACAAGAUGA